UUAUAUAGGAAGUGGUGAGAUUUUUACGCACUUGCGCGAUUAUCAGAUAAGAGUUAUCUAGAUAUAUGUGUUUUGCUAAAGAUAAAUCCUAUUUGAACUUUGAAACUGAAAUAAAGCACAGUAUUAUUGGAUGAAGCGGACAUCUUGUGUCACUCACAAUAAGUUACAACAAAACUAUUAAGUAAUAACAAAAAAUAUUAUGUAUCUACAUUAUUUAGAUAAUGGUCAUAUUAUAAGAUGAAAUGUUUAUACUGUGCAAAUGGAUUUAUAUAUGUAAUAUAGUUGUGUUGCUUUUAUAUUUUGAUACGAUAUGUGCAACAAACGUAAAAAAUGUAGCAAAACUUGCUGGCGUUGUGGAAAAUAUUACAGUGUACGUUUUAGAAGAUGAAAGUUAUUUAAUAAACGAUAACAUAUUGAGAUCAUUGAAAUUAAAUGUAUCUUGGACGCCACCAAAUGGAGGAAAACAACCCUCUUCAUACAGCAUUAUGAUUACAAGUGUCUUAAAUGAAACCGGUAUAAAUAAAACAGAAUGUACAGAAAGUUCUGCGCUCUAUACUGUGCAAAAUAAAGGUCCAUUUAGUAGCAUAUUAAUACCACAAAAUAAAUUAUCGAAUGACAUGCCGGAGGUACAAAUACAUCCAACGUGUACGUACAAGAUACAUGUAUAUGCCAACCCAAGAGCUAAACCUACGGGAAAGUUACCAGAGGUCAUUUAUAAAGUUCCGGAAUGUAUUGGACAUAAAUGUAGUUGUGCGGAUGCAAAAUCUAUCUUGCCUACCCCAAAAGUGGAAGCACGCCGAGCCAAAAAAAAUUUUGUUAUUAACUGGAAUGUUACCUCGAACAGUUCUCAUAUUCGCUCUUAUGUAAUUAGUAUUGGCAUACCAUUGUUGAUAUCAAAAGCAGGGCAUUCUGUAUAUAAUAUCACGAAAAUAAGUACGGUGACUUCUACAACAAAUACCUUUAGUUGGAAUAUGAAAAUUGACGGUCAGUAUAUAAAAGUAAACAAUGGAUACAAAAUAUUGAUAGCAGCAAUGGAUUAUCGAGGUUGCUUAGGAACUCAAGGUGGUUUUACUAUUAAUACAAGCAAAACUAAAAUAUUGAACGGGAGUACUAUGUGGUUAUUACUUGCCGGUGUUGCUAUUUGUGUUGUCGUAGGCUUUAUUAGCAUUGUGUCAAUAUAUAAUAAAAAUGGAUAUCAACUUGUCGUGCCAACUAGACGGAAACAAACAGUGUCUGAUCUUUCCGCUUGUAAGCUGGCUCAAUGGCCAGAUCUAGUUUUCCAAAGACGCAAUAUUGAUAUAUACGUCGAAAGGUCUGAGGAGACGUAUUAUAAGGCGCAGAAAGAUAUAUUUGAAGUGCCAUAUAAAUAUAUAAAUCUUAUACGUGAAUUAGGAAAAGGACAAUUUGGUAAAGUAUAUCUAGGUAGUUUAAAUAAUAAUGAAAACACGUUAAUAGCUGUUAAAAUGUUACAAUGUUCUGAUGACGCAUGCAACGAACCUGAAGCCUGCAGGCAUCAAUUAUUGGAAGAAAUCAAAAUAAUGAAAGCAGCUGGUCCUCAUACACAUUUAGUGGGCCUUAUAGGUUGCUGCACUUUACCAAAUAAUCCUAUAUGCAUACUUUUAGAGUAUAUGGAAGGUGGAGAUUUGCUCGCGUAUCUACAUUAUAGAAGAAAAAUGAAAUCGGAUGAUGCAUCUUUGUGCAGUUUUGAAAAGGCUAUAUCGAGAUAUGCGAAUAUUAUUGAAGGAAAUAAACACAACAAUGAAAAUUUAUACGAUAUAAUCGAGAAGCAACAAUUUAUAAAAUUCGCUCUUGAUAUCGCAAGAGGAAUGGAACAUUUGCAAGUUAAGGGAAUUAUACAUAGAGAUUUGGCAGCGAGAAACAUCCUCCUCACUUCAGAUCUAACAUUAAAGAUUUCUGACUUUGGCUUGUCACGAAAUGGAAUAUAUGUGAUAAAUAAUAUGGCUGGCAAAAUUCGUCAACUCCCAAUACGUUGGAUGUCACCGGAAGCUGUAUGUGAUCGUGCUUUCUCUUCUAAAAGUGACGUUUGGUCAUUUGGCAUUGUACUUUGGGAAAUUGGGACUUUAGGUUCUUUUCCAUAUGCCGGUAUACAGGAUAACGAAUUGUUGCGUUAUUUAACUCGAGACAAGUGUCGGUUGGCAUGUCCUAAUACGAUUUCUCAGGAUAUAUAUAAAAUUAUGUGUUCUUGUUGGAAUACAGCUCCGCGAGAUAGACCUAGUUUUGCACAACUUGUUUUAGACUUGAAGACACUAAAAAAACAUUUACAUUCUCCGCAUGAAGCAAGUAAUCCUUGUUAUGCAUUGCUAUCACACUAGUGUACAUCUUGGGAUCAAUGAUUAAAUCUACAUAUAUAUGUUGUAAAAAAAAAAUUAAAUAAAUAUGUGUAUAAUUUUAAUAAAAUUGUACACGUGUAUGUUCCGUUAGAUAUAUUACAUACUCACGCUAGGAAAAUAUAUGCUGUUAAAUCUUAACUUUUAUUCCAUGGAAUAUAAAAACUGUGAUAUUAAGAGAUGAGAUAUUUUAUUAAAAACAGUUUAGUUUUGAUAAGAUACAGCAUACACCGUAACAGCUGAGAGUAAGAUCGGCACGAAAUACUCAAUAAAUUCUAACAAGGUUACACAGAAAGUGACAGAGGGUUAGUUUAUUCAUAUUGAUAAAAUAUUUGUAAAAGAAUGUUAAAAAAAGUCAAGUCUUUAGAGAUACAUAAUGGUAAAGAAUGUAAAAAAAAAAUCAUAAAAUUUAUGUCAUUUUGAAAAAAGGAUAACAUUAACAUAAAUUUUUGUUCAAUAUUUACCAUGUUAAAUGUAAA